UUUACAUUCAAGGCGUUCCAGAGGCAAACUUCUCCCCGACCAACUCGGACUCGACCUGGAAACACAGAGCUUGUGUAUUGAAGCGAACCUAACCCGAGUAACCCUCCACCACUACCACCACUGCAUACACAUAUCCAUAUAGUCAGGGAUCACGGAUCAGGAUGCGCAAGGUGCAGGUCCUGGUGCAGACGCGCGACGGCCGGAAGACCGUCUACGAGGUGGACCGCUUCGGCACGGUGGGCAAUCUGAAGACGCGGAUUGGACGCGCCAUGUCCGUGCCCAUGGGCUUCAGCCGGCUGUCGUACAAGGGUCGCGUGCUGGCCAACCAGAGUGUGCUGGAGGAUGUGGGCGCCAACAAGAUGUCCACCCUGGAUCUCAGCUGGGAGCCGGUCGUCCUCACGCCCAAGCAGAUGAGCGAGAGGGAGAGCGAGUGCGGCAAGAUCGAGGGCUAUGGCCAGAUGCUCAGAACUGGUGGCCUCAUGCAGACAUUGGGCAGUGUCCCGGAUGCGGAUGCGGAUGCGGAUGCCACACCCCACGGUGGCAUAGUCAAUGGACCAGCGGACGGCUCCAGUCCGCGGCAGCUGAACGCGGAGGACGAGCUGGAGGAGGAGCUGGAGGACCAGGACAUCAACUGCGCUUCCUCCGAUGGACUCGACUUCUUUGCCAUUCGGCCGAGCUUCAAGAAAUCCGAUGACUUACUCCCCAAAGGCCAACGAGAGCUGCAGCAGAUGGCGCCAUUGGAGCCACUGGAGCCACUGGAGCCACUGGAGCCACUGGAGCCACUGAAGCCACUGGAUCUGGCCAAGGAUGUGGAGAACUGUGCGGCACCCAAGGCGUCCGCUCACAAGAAGAAGGGCAAGAAGAACCGCAAAAAGAAGUAGACUGUUGUAUAUUUUCUCUUGAUUGUCAAUUCCCUCGAAAUUCCCUCGAAAGCCAGCGACUUUCCACCUUUGAUUUGAAAUCUAAAUUUGCGUUACUAGCAAAAAUAACAAUAAACCCUCGAUAGCUCGAA